AUGUUGGCUAAUGAAUUGCCUGGGGAAAAUAAGUAUGCUACUUUUCCGUGUCAGUUGCCGUGGGCUGAGAAGGGACAGUUAGAUUUUUCUUUUGCUCCUAGUCAGAGAUUAGGAGUUACGGAGACUAUUUUCUUGGAUGAGAUAAAUUUGUUGUUUAAAGGGAAUAUUGUGCAGGAUGUUAGGGAAAGGCAAAGAUUCUUGAUGCAUUUCAUUGCUUUGAAUACCGAAGUAAAACUAAACUCUGAACUAAAAGUUACUAAUAACAAAGAGAUAUUAGAAAAAUUUAAAGAAUACACGAAUACUGAGGAAAUACUAUCAACAGAUAGAGGAAACUUAAAAAUAAAAGACAUUAAUGAAAAUGAUAAGAUUGAAAACAAAAAUUAUCCUAAAGAAACAAGGAGUGAUGUUACAAGGCUAGACAUUAGCAACAAGGAGUUAGAAGAAGAGUUAGACUUAACCGAUUUUAUUAAUCUAGAAUGUUGUAAUUUACUUUCUAAUUUAGAAGGCAUUGCCUCUUUAGAAAAUUCCGAAAAACUAAGAGAAUGCUAUUUGUCGGAUAAUAAUUUCUUUCAACAAGAUUUAUCAACUUUCAGUAAGUUUACUAAUUUAGAAAAAUUGCGAGUUGGUAAUCAUGAUCAAAAAAAAAUUGAACCCAGCAUUUAUAAUCGUUUUAUUGGUUCUUUGGAGCCUUUAAAGGACUUGAAUAAAUUGGCAGAAUUAGACAUUAAGUAUUUACCAAAAAGCAUUGAUAAAUUUGACUGUUCUUCUACUGGUAAGACCAAAGCCAAAGUUAGUGAUAUCCACGAAGAAUUAAAUCCUUUUGAAGAGUUUCAUGAUAGUGAUGCUCAGAAAUGGUUAGAUAAGGAAUACCCUAAAGAAAGUAAAUGUUUAGGAGAAAUUGAUAAAGAUAAUAAAGGCAAAGAAAGAAAUAAAAUUGUUAAGUUGGAUAUUAGUAACCAAGAACUAAAAGGAGCAAUAAGAUUGAAAGGGUUUAAUAAUUUGGAGGAGUUAAAUUGUUCCGAAAAUGAACUUACUAAUCUAUAUUUAAAUGAUUGCCCAAAGCUAAGAAAAUUAGAUUGUUCUUCUAAUAAUUUAAAUUCGAAUAACUUUUCAGAAAGUAACUUAUCUUCUUUCAAAAAUUUUACUAAAUUGGAAGAAUUAAAAUUAGGAAAUGAUAACAAAGAAAAAAUAAACCAGGGGAUUUAUAAUCGUUUUUCCGGUUCGCUCAAACCUCUGAAAAACUUAACUAAGUUAAAAGUACUUCAUAUAGACAAUACUGACCUAAACAGCGGAGCAGAACAUUUACCCGCUAGUCUUAUCGGCAUAGACAAUGGAAAAAAAGAAAAAAUUUCCUAUUUUACUGAACAAAGACCAGAAAGCAAGGAAAAAGCAAAGGAAAUAGCAGAUACAGCAAUUGUAGAUGCAAAGGAAAAAUUUGAGGAAAUAAAGGAAAAAGUAGGUACAGCAAUUGUAGAUGCAAAAAAAAUAGCGGAAGAAAUUACAGAAGAAACUACACGAUUAACAAAAAAUGCUGCUGAGUUUGUGUCUGAUCUUAGAAAAGAAAUUAGUUUUAGUGAAACUAAAAGGUUUUUUAACUUCCUGAAAGAAAUCAAAAAAGAAGAUACAAAAGAAUUUUUAAAAAGGCAAUUAAAGUUAGAAGAUGGGCAAAAAAAUGUAGAGUUGAGAUAUAGAAUGAAUGAAAUUCAAACUAAACCAGAAGCUUAUCUUUAUUUAUCCCAUCUAUUAAGUCCGCUUCAUGGCGAAAAAACUUACAUUGAAAUUAAAGCCAGCAAGUCUGAAAAAGAAGAAGCCAAAAUUAAAAGCAUUGGUCUAACUACAGAGGAAAAAUUAUUUAUCGAGUAUAAAGAUGAUGCCAACUUGAUUAUUGAUAAAACAGAGGCAGAUAAAUUUCUGGAGAAAAUAGAAAGGGAAAAAAGAGAAUUAUUAGAAGAAAAAAAAGAAUACAAAGAGAAAAAAUGUUCGGUUGAGGAAAAUAUUGUAAAUGAGUUUUUAUCACAAAAAGACCAAGAACUAAAUAUUUUGAAAACCAAGUAUGAAAACGAGAAAGAACUUAGUGAGGAUGCUAGUAAGAUAAUACUAGAAACUUUAUUGGAAAAACUAGAAAGAGUUAUUGAAGAACUUAAAGAAAAAAGUGCAGAAUUAAGCAUUAGUAGAGGGUUUAUUGUUAAGCAGUUUGAAGAUGAAGUUCUUGAAAAAGAAGUAGAAAGCCCAAAGGAAGAAAAAAAAUCCGGAAAACUAGUCGAACAGAUAGAAAAAGAAAGCCAUUCUAAUCAAGAAAGCAUUUCUUUUGGAGAGCAAGGAGAAAAAUUUUUCAAAAACAUUAAACAUUAUGGUCGGUCAAGUGCUGAACUUUAUAUGAUGUAUGCUUGGACGCUGGAAAAUGAAUUACCUAAUUAUAUAAAAAAAGUGAAAGAAGAAAUGGGAAGUGGAUUUAUUAAUUUUAACCGGAAGUUUGAGGAGUUAAACAAAAAAAAGAGUGAAAAGAAAAACAAAGAGUUAAAAAAUAAGAUAAAAAACUUAGAGGAACAAUUAGAAAAUUUAAAAAAUGAGGAAAAAAAAGAAGAAAAGGAAAUGCUAGAAAAAGAAAUUGAAUCACACAAAUUACAAAUUGAGUUAAAUGAAAGAGUUAAAGGAUUUGGGGAUUUUGUAGUGAAAAAACUUCUUGAGCAAGUAGGCUCUCUAGAUAAUCCUGAAAAAAUAGAAGUGGUUAAAGAGAAAGUUCAAAGAAAAACUUUGAAUAUAGCACCGGCUAUGCCAUUAGGCUUAGGUUUACAUAAUGAAAAAUUAGAGGAGACAACGGAAGGGAUAAAGCCAGAAUCAGAAACUCUCCCUCUUAGGCUUUAUAACAUCCAAAAAGGUAGUAUAGAAAAAACUAAAGGAAAUCCAGACAUAAAAAAAUAUGCAAUUGUUUCUUAUUUGUGUGUUAAUCAAAAUGAUGCUAAGGAAAAAUCACAAGAGGUUCCUAAAAUGAGAAAUUAUUAUAGUAGCAGUUUUGCAACUUUGGCAUCAAUAGACGGAAAUCUAAAAAAAGAUCGUGAAUCUCUACCGCCUUUACCGGAUGCACUAGCAAUGAUAGUUGGUCUUGGUCAAGUACUCAAAGAGAUAAAAAAUCGUGAACGAGGCAAUCCUAUAGAUGGCAUAUAUUCGACAUUGGGAUUAUUACCUUACGGGGAAAGUGUAGAAGUUGAUUACAAGCAAAAUAUAUGUAAGGAAUGCAAAGAAAAAGAAAAUAAUGAGGAAAGAAAGGUGAAUUGUAAGCAUCCAGAAGAGCAAAGGACAGAAUUCCCUGGUUAUUUUAAAGAGGAAAUAGAAGAGAGAUUGUUGCAUGUCAUGAAAAAAGCCCUUGAAAGCGGCUAUGGGGAUAUCUUUAGUUGGCAUGGCUCAGGAAAUAGUUUAGUUCCAACAACAUUAGAUGAAAAAAAGGGUUCGACAACUUCCCAAGGGGGUUUAAUUGUUGUAUGUAAGUGUAAAGAGUCAGGAAACCCUCACCAGUGCCAAUUUGUAAAGGUUAACGAAAAUAGUAUUGAGAUAAAGGGUUCGAAGUACAAGGUAAGUGAAAUUGAAAGUCAGGAACCUAUUGGAAUGGAAGGAGGCAAGGGAUUUUUGCUCGAAGGCGGUCUCUAUAAAAAAGAAAUUAGAGUGGAAGGAAUUAAGGUGUCACUGACAGGUUCAUAUGAAACUCUUAACAGCAUAAAAAAAGAUGAUUCUUUAUUGGUGCUUGACAAAGAGAGGUGGGAAAGCGAAAGCCCAUUUGCCAUCUUGGCAUCGGGACAAGAAGGUGCUUAUCAGCGAAAAGGUUUAGUAGGAUUUUCAGGAAAAGCAGAAGUAGAAAAACUAGAAAGCAUAAAAGGAACAAAGAAAGAAAAUUUGAUUAUUGAACAACGGCAGGAAUUGCAAAAUAAGAUAGAAAUUCCUCCCAAAGGAAAUAUUAAUUAA